UACCCAGAGGAGCGGGAGUUCCUCAAAUCCCUGGAGCAUUCUGUGUCCUGGGUAGAGAAAAGAGUCCUUCCUUUCCUGGCCAGCUCCAGCAGUGAGCAACAAUUGUCUUUAAGCAGGAAGACAGUAGAAAGUUGUUUAACAGUGUGCAAGGAUGUGCUGCGGGUUUCUGUAGGAGACCGUGAUUUCAGAGACCACGUACUGCAGCAUGUUGCUUCUGUCCUGCAGACAGAGAAAGGAUACGUGUGCAUCCCUCCUGUGCUCGCUCUGCUUACUGAGGUGGCACAGGGCUGCCUUUCCCAUAAGCCUGAGGAAGAUCAGGAAGAUCAAACAUCCCUCACUAUCCGCAUUUUGACCAACAUCUUCCAGAAAGUUGUGGAGAUCAUAGCACAUCGUCUGCGUAAAGACAUGGAUGAGGGGCAGGAGUUGUGUUGCUCUUCUGAAGAAGCUCUCUAUGACUUCUUGCUGGUGAGUAAGUUUACAACUGAGAGGUCAGAGUUCAUCACAGGAGUCUUCUCAUCACUCUGUGCAGCAGUUAUUAUUGAUAUCAGCCGCACCUUGCAGAAGAUCUCUCAUGUGGAAGAGGUGUUGACUCCAGAGACGGUUAAUGACCUUCCACCUCUCUCGAACACCAUACUCAAAGUAAUGCUCAGAUCACCUGCUGUUACCAGGUUUUUUCUAUCUGAAAUGAGCUCCUCCAUAGAGUCAGAGGCCAUCGAUAGUAUCACACAGUGGGCUGCAGUUACACACAUUCUGACCAUCAUCAAACAAUCUGAUGCAUUUAUUGUGGAGUUGAAGGAAAUUGCUUUGUCUGUACGCAGACAAAUACAGAACUAUUAUAACAUCACUGCUGAAAACUCUGACAAUAUACAGAGGACCAUCUAUGAAUCCACUGUCAGGAUGCUGAUUGAUAUCCUAAAUCAAUGCCAACAACCAAACAGUUAAAUGGGCAAGCUAAUAGUUUCGAGCUUCUGCAUACUCCCACAAAAUCCUUUAUUUCUUAUUUUGUACUCUUAGCUGUAUACUGUCUUGGA